GGCAGAGGAAACUCUGGGCUCCCCCAGCAGGCGGGGAUCUGGAGGCGCUCCAGACCAUUGUGUCCAGGGGGCAGGCCUUCAGUGCGGGAAGGGGCGGCCUCGAGCCUCCCCUCCCCCCUCCCCCCCCCCCCCCCCAGCCUCACAUCUGGUGGGCUGGCCCGUCGCAGCUGGGAGGAGCAGCUGUGGUCGAGCCUCGUGACUGGCCUCUGGGGGUGGGGCCAGCCCUCUCCCCAAGGCUGUGGAGCCGAGAGGCUCAGGGCUGGGGCCGAAUGUGGGGCCUCGGCUAGUCGGCCAGUCUCUCGGGCUCACCAGAAAGCUGGAGGUGUGGCUGAAAAACUCGGGAAGCCCAUUCCCUCCGGGGGCCAGCCAUUUCCAGAGCCUGCCUCCACUGGAGGCGAGAUUGAGUCUCCGCGGCUCCGUGGGGCGGAGGUCAGCCGGGGAUCGGGACGGGCAUUCCGACAACCCGCGAGGAGAGUUGAAUUGGCGCUGGAGACGGAAAGUGCUGACUUUGGAGAAGGAGGAGAACCAGACCUUCGGCUUUGAGAUCCAGACUUACGGCCUUCACCACCGGGAGGAGCAGCGGGUGGAGAUGGUGACCUUUGUCUGCCGGGUUCAUGACUCCAGCCCUGCCCAGCUGGCUGGGCUCACACCAGGGGACACCAUCGCCAGCGUUAAUGGCCUGAACGUGGAAGGUAUCCGGCAUCGAGAGAUUGUUGACAUCAUUAAGGCGUCUGGCAAUGUUCUCAGGCUGGAAACUCUGUAUGGGACGUCAAUCCGGAAGGCUGAAUUGGAGGCACGUCUGCAGUACCUAAAGCAAACCCUGUAUGAGAAGUGGGGAGAAUACAGGUCCCUAAUGGUCCAAGAGCAGCGGCUCGUGCACGGCCUGGUGGUGAAGGACCCGAGCAUUUAUGAUACAUUGGAGUCGGUGCGCUCCUGCCUGUACGGCGCGGGCCUGCUCCCGGGCUCGCUGCCCUUCGGUCCCCUGCUGGCCGCGCCCGGGGGUCCCCGCGGAGGCGCGCGGCGGGCGGGGCGAGACGCGGACGACGCCGUCUACCACACGUGCUUCUUCGGGGGCGCCGAGCCACCCGCCCCCCCGCCGCCGCCGCCGCCCCCCACCCGCGCGCCGGGCCGGGGCCCCGCCGAGGCUCUGGCGUCCGCGCCCCGGGCCGCGCUGAGUCGCAGCGCCAGCGUGCGGUGCGCGGGCCCCGGGGGCGGAGGGGGCGGCGGCGGCGGGGCGCCGGGCGCGCUCUGGACUGAGGCCCGCGAGCAGGCCCUGUGCGGCCCCGGCCUGCGCAAAGCCAAGUACCGCAGCUUCCGCCGGCGGCUGCUCAAGUUCAUCCCCGGACUCAAUCGCUCCCUGGAGGAGGAGGAGAGCCAGCUGUAGGGGCGGGGCGGGCGGGGGAGGUAUUUAUUUAUUUAUUCGUUCCAGCCAGUGCAAAAAGGGGGCGGGGGGAAGGGGCGGGGGGGGGGGGCCCGGGUCCGAGGGGACCCCAGGAGCCCAGCGCAGCAGCGGGAGAGGGUCCUUGCCGGCCCCAGCUGGCCUGCCGGUGCCUCGCUGCCUCUGCGGACCGCUGACCCCAGGCCCCAGUACCCUUUACUCCUCCUCCCCUAAACCACAGUGGGAGGCGGGGCAGGGAGAACCAGGCGAGCUUGGGUUGGGAGAGGUUUGGGGGCGUUCAUCCUACAUCUGGGUCAGUAGUGCCUUGUGGGGUGUCCAGGGAAACAACUCCCCUGGAGGGGAGGAACCCUGUCCCACGAAGCCCUCUCCUCAGCUUUACUUGCCCCUCACCCUUGGCCUGGGGCGGCAAUGGCCGAUGGCCGGUCGCUCGCCCACCCUCCACACACAUACAGAGUUCCGGUUAACCAGCCAAAGGUGCUGGUCCCCCUCCUUCCCGGCCUUGACCCCUAAGGGCUUGGCCCCCUCCCAGGGGCCUAUAACUAAGUUGGGUCCUGCCGGGCAGGGGUCCUGGGUUCUCUAACCCUUGGGGGACAGGAAUGGGCAUGUCCAGCCGGGUGGGGGCAGCACAGACUGUUCCAGCAUUUUGCAUAUUGUUGCUUCUGAACCACAAACUGUAUAAAAUUGAUGGUUUUUUGCA